AAAAAAAAAAAAAAAAAAAAAAACCAAACAAAAAAAAACAGAACCUAAGUUGUUUAUUAUAGUAUCCACCAUAAUAAUUAAUUUGUAAACUGCCUCUAAAAUUACUAUGUAUUGUAUACUUCAAAGAUUUUUCAUAGUUUUUUUUAUGAAAAUUACAUUGUUAAGUAGGAACUUAACUAGUAUUUUAAGUGCUAGCACUUUGAUUUAUUACUAGGGUUAUAUAUAAUAUUUGUGGGAGUCAUAGGUAAGCAUCAUUAUCAAACUUGAAGAAUUACAAGGUGGUGGUAAAAACUAAGAAGGAGAAAGUAAAAGAACAACUUGGACAAAUGAGUGUACAUGAAAAUGGUAGGCUGUCAUCCAGCCUCACAGACAUCUUUCAAAUUAAUAAAGUAGGAACCCCUGGGUAGCCUCCACUCUCUUCCUCCUUCCUUUUUUUUCUUUCUUUUUUUUUUUUUCCUGAAAAGAGUCUAGGUAGCUCAAAUUACCUACCCUUCAACUCUUCUGUCCUCUUGCCUCAGCCUCCCUAGGGCUAGGAUUUUUACAGGGAUGAACUACUGUGCCUGGCCUGCCAUCUUCAUGGAUAGUUUUACCAAAAAUGGUUAAAUACUUAAGAUAAUUUUCAUUUCAACUCAUGAUACAAAUUGUGGAAAAUACAGAUCUCUAAUUUGUUACUUUAAAUGUCUAUCAAUGGAAGUAGUAAUGCUAAAAUAGAAAUUGCCCCUAUCAAUUUUUUUACCCUGUCAUUAUCCUUUAUAUUCAAAUAUGAUACUUCUGAGUUAGCAGAGUCAGUAUGUGAUUGAUUAUUGAUUGAUUGAUUUAUUGAUUGAUUUUUGUGCCUUCUGGAAUUCAGUCAUCAGCAUUAACUCUUAACCCCGUUGAAGGUCAUCAUUUAAUUUGAGGCCAUUUUAGUUUGAAGUUGACCUUGAAAUCUUUGCUCACAAUAGUCACCUGUUUAAUCAGUGUUUUUGAAUAUUACAUCUGAUUUCCUUUGUUUACAGCUAUUCUAAAUGGUGUUAUGCAAUGUUUCAUUAACUCCUUAUUUGUUUGUAGUUCAUGCUUUAUAGUUUGAGAUUCCUUUGGAAUCCUUUCUUUGUGUUAAAACUUUGUAAUUUGAUGUAGUACAUUCCAGGACCCUAUGCUAGAGGUUCUGUUUCCCAGAGGCAGGUAAGUGACAGUUGAGGUGAGACAUAAGCAAAAAACAAAAGGGGGAGGGUGGAUUUUUUAGUCAUAUAGGACCACUGUCCAAAUAUCUGCUCUUAGGUUCUUCAGCUCAGUAGUUGUAAGAGGAAAGGAGCCAGGAAGUGUGAUUGUACUUCUGGAUCAACAUCCUUUACCAGGAAUGGAAGGAUAGCUGAGUUAAUUCUUUCCUGUUUUCUGUCCCUAUAAAUAGUAAGUAUUUUUACUCCAUACUGAAAAUAUUGGUCUUACCUAUUUGGUAAUUCCAGAAGCAUUUAUUCCUCUGCAUUUAUUUCUCUUUUGAAAUUGACAUGUCUCUUCCUUUAGAGAGUACUUCAUGCUCCUUCCAGUGAAGUGUUUUUACAAAGUAGUUCUUUUUCCUAUAGUUAAGUUCCUUGUACCAUUAAAUGCCAUUUCUCUUUUCUUUUUUGUGUAAUUAUAUUUGUACUUGAGCCUAGAUUAGACAUUGUUGAAUUCUAUUUGAGCAGUGUAUUAGGCUAAAAAGGGACAUCGGGUUUGGAGAACUCAUCUUGGAUCUAGACUGACACCCACCUUUUCCCUUUUCUUUUGGUCUGGUGCCUGUCCUUCCAGCCAAGUAUUGAUUCCUUAAUUAAUCCCAGGGGAUUCCCCCCUCCCCCCAUGAAGCUGUAAAGUGAGAGAAGAAAUGCUACCUUGAGAGACAUCCAGGAAAUAGUUGGUUUCAUCUUUCCUCAGCUUGCCUGGCUCUGGUGAAUUGGAAAGUGUUGACAGAGUCUUGAGCCCUCCUGGCAGAGAAUAAAGAUCAGAAAGAGAACUCAAGCAGGUGUCCAGGUCCUGACUUGCCUCGUUAGGGAGAAUUCAGCCUUGUCUGUCUGGUUGGCAGGGCACACUUAAGUAACUGAGACCCAGCAUUUCAGCAGUUUGCAGACGAAGUGAGAUGAGGGAACAGCUGCAAGUGAGACUCAGCCUAGAUCUGAAGAGGUCAAGCGUUCACUUCACUUGGAGGAAAGAAAAGGAAGCAAGCCUAGGGCUUAGCAGGCUUCUGAUCCCCAAGUUCUUUGGACAUGGCUCCACGUUCACAGCGGCGAAAGCACAAGAAACGCCCACCAGUGACUCCUAUGGUUGUAAUCCCACCCACAGAAGUGUCUCCGGAACCUCUAACCCUCUCAAAAUCUAACCCCAGCAUUGAUGCACUUGGCUUUAUUUCCUUGGACAAUAAUGUACCAGGUCUGUCCCAGCUGAUCCUUCAAAAGCUGAACAUGAAGAGCUAUGAAGAAUACAAGUUGGUGGUGGAUGGGGGAACCCCAGUAUCCAGCUUUGGAUUUCGCUGUCCACAAGAAAUGUUCCAGAGGUUGGAGGACACGUUCCGAUUCUGUGCUUCCUGUAAAGCACUCCCAUGUGACCUUUCAGAUCACAAGGUUCUCCGGCACUGUAAGAGGUGCAGAAAUGUCUAUUACUGUGAUACAGAGUGCCAGAGGUCAGAUUGGCCAGCACACAGGAAGGUUUGUCAAGUGCUCCGUCUUGUGGCUGUGGAUCGCGUCAUGGAAUGGCUUCUGGUCACAGGUGAUUUUGUCCUACCCUCGGGACCCUGGCCGUGGCCGGUGGAAGAGAUACAGGAUUGGGACACCUGGUUUUCUCUGAGGGGUUUACAGCUAGAGGCUGCACUGAAUGCUGUUGUAGAGAGCCGUGCUAUGACCAUGCUUUGGGCCAGUCUAGGAAGGCCACGACCAGAACCAGAGGCUCUGCACAGCUCUUUGAAGCGGUUGAUGACAGAUGCUUUGUCACGGCCCUUGACCCUGGGCCUAGGGCUUCGGACUCUGGCCCUAGAUGUUGGGAAGACGGGGGGAAUCACACUGCAUGUAGUUGGUGCUUCCCAUGUGGAGACAUUUCUCAUUCGUUCUGGAGAUUAUGAUGAGCUUGGCUACAUGUUUCCUGAACACCUUGGCCUCCGUGUGAUCAUGGUGGGUGUGGAUGUGGGCACUAACCUUUUACAGAGUUCUUCGCCUAUACCCCUGGAGCCUGGAACAAUUCAGCUUAGUGGCUACAAGGCUCUGUAUCAUGACUUCUGGGAGGAGCAGAUAGAGACUGGGAAUCUAGCCCAUCCCGAUUUGGUGGCUGCAUUCCAUCCAGGUUUCCAUGCCUCCCCAGUCUUGAUGGAAGCUUGGCUACCUACCCUGCUGCUACUUCGUGACUAUGCGAUCCCAACGUUGAUUACUGUUUACAGCCAACAGGAAUUGGAAGCCUCUUUGCAGAUUCUGGUGAACUUGGAUACACACAUCAUUGCUUGUGGAGCUAAUCCUUUCGCAUCCCUCAAACCUGAACAGGUCUAUUCUAACCCCAAUAAGCAGCCAGUGUACAGCAGUGCCUACUACAUCGUGUUUCUUGGAAGUUCCUCCUGCCAACUAGAUAAGCAAUCAGAAGAAAAAGCAGAUGAUUUUUCAGUAUUUGAACCAAGUCCUAACUGAAUGCCUGAAAAAUAGAAGCUUAGUCAAAUCACCCUGUUGAUGUCCAACUGUUGCCAGCUUUGAAACCUACUGAAUGCUAAAUCUUAUUCACAGUCCAAGUAAAGAUUCUAAACCAAUGAGAA